UUUUCUCGCGACAACAGCCAGAUAUCUCGUUCUGAUAAAGUGUGUGGAAGUUAUGCUGACGCGCAAUUAACUACAGCAACAAUAACUGCUAAUUGGAAUUCAAGUGUCAAGGCUGCCAUGUCUGAACCCAAGUCCCAGGGUUCAGAGAGUUGUGUUCCAGCCCAGAGAAGCUCACAACGAGAUCCAGAGAUUGUGUUAGUGAAGCUGGAAGACGUCAGUCAACCAAUGGCUUGUAAUGUUUAUGUCAAAGAAGAAGAGGAGGAGGAGGAGAGUGGAAUUAACAACGAGAGUAAAGAGGAGGUGGAGGAUGGGACAGUCAAAGAGGAGGUGGAGGAUGGGACGGUCAAACUGGAGGUGGAGGAUGGGACGGUCAAACUGGAGGUGGAGGAUGGGACAGUCAAACUGGAGGUGGAGGAUGGGACAGUCAAACUGGAGGUGGAGGAUGGGACAGUCAAACUGGAGGUGGAGGAUGGGACAGUCAAACUGGAGGUGGAGGAUGGGACAGCCAAAGAGGAGGUGGAGGAUGGGACAGCCAAAGAGGAGGUGGAGGAUGGGACAGCCAAAGAGGAGGUGGAGGAUGGGACAGUCAAAGAGGAGGUGGAGGAUGGGACAGUAAAAGAGGAGGUGGAGACCAAAGAAGAGGUGGAAGUAGAUGGAAACACUGACCCAGGAGAGAGCUUCGCUCUCUGUUCAGACAGCGAGCCCAGUUUCAGAGAAGCAGGAAACCAUCAACAACCCACAGAGAUCUCAAAACAGAAACAUCACCACUGCAUGGACUGUUUCACUGGUUUCUAUGAGUCAGAGCUGAGAAGCCAUACUUGUAGGCCCCGCCCCUGUUUAGAGUGUAGAGGAAGUUUCAUUUGUCCAACUCACCUCAACUCCAAACAGACUAAAAACAGAAUGAACACAUACCCUUGUGGUGAAUGUGGGAAGAUAUUUCAAGCACCAAGCACACUCAAAACAAGCAAGCGAAGUCAUACAGGAGAGAGGCCAUACACCUGCUCUAUUUGUGGGAACAGUUUCAGUCAGUCGAAACACUUAAAGACACACCAGAGAACUCACACAGGAGAAAAGCCAUACAACUGUUCACAAUGUGGUAAGAGUUUUAGUUGGUUACGCAGCCUGAAGACACACCAGAUCACUCACACAGGAGAGAAGCCUUACCAUUGCUCUCAAUGUAAGAAGAGCUUCAAUGGGAUAGAAAUCUUAAAGCAACACCAGAUGACUCACACACAACAAAGCUGUCAUUGCUCCCAGUGUGGUAAGAGUUUCAGUCUGCUACAACACCUAAAGAUACACCAGAUCACUCACAAGGCAGAUAAGCCUUUCCAAUGCUGUAAAUGUAAGAAGAGCUUCAAACGGAUAGGAAACUUAAAACAUCAUCAGCUAACUCACACAGGACAAAAGCAUAAUCAUUGCCCUCAGUGUGGAAAGAGUUCCAGUUGGCUACACCACCUAAAAUCACACAAGCGAACUCACACAGGAGAGAAGCCAUACAAUUGCUCCUUUUGCAGGAAGGAUUUUAAUAAUCCAAAAACCUUGAAAACUCAACGGAGGACUCACACAGGAGAAAAGCCUUUCCACUGCUCCCAGUGUGGCAAGUGUUUUGGUCAGUUAUCAACUCUGAAAAUGCACCAGCUAAUUCACACAGGAGAGAAGCCUUACCGAUGUGCACAAUGUGGGAAGAGUUUCAUCUGGUUAUAUCUACUGAAGGCACAUGAGAUAACGCACACAGGGGAAACGCCUUACCACUGCCCUCAGUGUGGGGAAAGUUUUUCCACUUUAUAUUUCCUGAAGAAACACAAGCUAUGUCACACAGGAACAAAGUCUUUCCACUGUUCCCAGUGUGGGAAGAAUUUCAGUCAGUCAUCAACUCUAAAGACACACCAGUUAACUCACACAAGGGAGAAGCUGUACCACUGCCCUCAGUGCGGGAAAAGUUUUGGUCGGUCAUCAACUUUGAAGAAACACCAGAUUACUCACACAGGAGAGAAGCCCUACCACUGCCCUCAAUGUAAGAAAAGUUUUGGUUAUUCAUCAACUCUGAAGGCACACCAACGUACUCACACAGGAGAGAAGCCUCACCACUGUUCUCAGUGUGGAAAGAGUUUUAGUCAAUUAUCAACUUUGAAGAGACAUCAAAGAACACACACAGGAGAAAAGCUGUCAAAUCAAAUUUGAAGAAACACCAGCUUACAUAAGGGCCUUUCUACUGAUCUCAAUGUGAGGAUAUUUUUUCAGUAACGAAAUCUUAAAGUCUCAAGCCCUGACAUUGGACAGUGUUUUUCUGCUUUCAAAGAAAUUCAAUCAAAAUGAGUAAAAAAAACAUAUAAACAUCAGUAUAUCAUAAUGUGAAUUUCUUUUGCAGGUUCCACUUGUUACAACACAACAGGAUUUAUUUAUUAGAAUUUUAACAUUUCACUGGUCAUCUUCAUCCAUGUUACCACAGCAACACUGAUAUCAUGUUAUAAACCUUAAGUACCAUAUAAUAAACACUAGACGUUUGGUAUUACCUUGACACAUUCUUGUUUCCAUAUAGGUGAAUAAAGAGGAAGUUUCAGUUGGAAUGUUGUAUAGUGAAUAGUGGCAUUAAGUUUUAAAGCCAAGUGUCAUCCUAAAUAGCCCACAACAUUUUAUCAGAAUAAAUAUAUUGUUAUGGUCAACGAACUGCCAUGUUGUUAGGCCAUGAGUCAGAGCAGUAUCUAUCAAGACGAAUCUGUGUAGCAUCUGUCAAGACAAGUAAGCUGUGUUGCAUUCUCCUACAUCAACGUAAAAUGCAUUCUAACAUCUUUCAGUUGCUCUUGACAAGUGUCAGCUAAAUGUCUUAACAUUUGUUUGUUUAUUACUCCAAUCACUUAAUGUAAUUAUAUCAAGGUAGUAUAACAAUAUUUUUGCUAUUUGGUAUAAUACUAUUUAUACUGUUUGUUUCUAUAUCAUUUGUCACAUGCCAAAUUAAUCUUUACUUUACACUGAAAUUGUUUCAAAUAUUGUAUUCAAUUUUGUAUUUUUCCUCCUAAAACAAACCAUUUUUCUCUCCCUUCCUUCCUUUCCAAAACCAGUUCUAGUUCCCUCCCUUGCUAAUUGUGCAUUUAUUAAUGUCAUAUUUUAAUUUUUGAAACACAACCCCCCCCCCCCCCACACACACACACGCAAUUAAUUCAGGAAGUUAUCUCAGCACACAUCUCUUUACAUGAAUACAUAGUCGUUUUAUAUCCAGUUUUCUCAUUGUAAAACAAAUGAUGUAAAAGGAUUAUAUGUACCCAGUAAACGAAAAAUAAUCAAAUUAAUGAAGUACAACAUCACCACAUAUGGUAAUAAGGAAAGUAAUGUUUAUUUAAACAGUGAUCAUAAAAACAACGGAAUACCAAAUUUAGACUGUAAACAUUCUGAAAGCAUAGAGGCAUUGUCCCAGUGCUUAUAGCUACGUCCACUAUGCCACUGCUGUAAUCAAGUGGCUUAAUUACAGACAAUGCCUUUAUUUUAGAGUGUGAUUGUAAUUGAAUGUAACAGCUAACAUAGCAAUCGAAAAUAUUUACCAAAGAAAUUAUAACUUGUACAUAGAUUUUUUAAACCCUAAAGCCCAUCAAAGUUGACCCUGUGUGUGUGUGUGUGUGUCAUUUCUAUUGACUUUUACAUGAUGUAUGUGUUGGAUUCACUCAUUACAAGACCAGGGAUUCAAAUGUACACUUACUGGACAAUUUGUUGUUGUGAAAACAAUGAGCUCCUCAGUCUUCCACACAGUCAAGAUGUCCAGAGAGAUAUGGACCUUAUGAAUGUUUUUUCUAAGCUUCAGCUGCAGCUAGAUAAAGGGAUCAUUCUACCAGAAGAAAAUUACACUGGCACUUGAAUUACUGGACAUAAUACAUAAACGCUUAACAUAUACACAAAGUGCGAUGUGGUUUAUGGUUGUAAAAAUACAAACUAUUGGUACAUGAAUAAAGCUACAGGGUGUGUCUAUUUCUUACAGCUCUCACGACUGGCUCGCUGGGCCUAGAGAACCUAACAGAGUUUUUUUUUUAAGAAUAGGGUGUUUAAGCAAUUCCUGCGCACAAUGCGCUCGAUAAUAUGCAUAAAAGGCUAGCGUGGCCUCUGACCUUUCCCAACCCUACCAGCUGUGAGUCGCUUGUGAAAUACAAGUAUACAACACAUUCCACCUCAUUUGCAUUGUACUAAGUCACUGUUAGUUUGGUGAAAAUAUGUUUGUGUAAAAUAGUAUUCCACCUUAGUGCACUUGCAUGUAGCUUAAGCUUUUAAUGAUAAUUCAAUGAUAAUGAUUUGACAGCAUACAUUUAUGCCCACCCACCAACACAUCCUGUGCUAGAUUACCUUUACUGUUUUAAUGCUAGUCUAGUUUGAUUACCAACAUCAACCUCAAUAGAAGUACAUUCAGAGUUUUUAAGCAAUCUACUCCAUCUUUGUGACAGUACUUGUAUACCGGUUGCGUUAAUGCGAUAGGUAGCGGUAGUAGUUCAGUUCAACCACAAGAUGUCUCUAUCGAACCGUAAUAAAUACGGCUUACUGUUUCAAUAUGCUCGUGAAACCGUAUGGAACAAAAAUACUGUGGAAAUAUAAUUUCCAAUCAAGUCUUUAAUCAAAGAACGAUUUUGUGAAAUUGCGCAAUAAUCUGAACUCCUGUAGUUAAGACAGGACGGUUGUGACGACAUGU